AUGAAGGAGGUGCGCGCCUUCCUCUCACUUCCACCUCUUCCGCCCAACGCGCGCGUUCCCGCAAGAGCAUUUGCACUCGGCUACGCUUCCAAUGUCGUCCUCGACGGUGUGCUACCCCUUGCUCUCCGUAAAAAGUCCGCACGCGAAGCGUUGUCCGCACUGAUCUCGAUCAAGUCGCUUCGAUCUGGAUCUGUGCUCGCGCUGUUCUCGGCGCUCUACCGCGUGCUGCUUUCACGACUCACUUCGCUCCGACUGGCUUUGCUGGCGAGAGCACCGGAUGCAGACAAGCUGGACUACGCAGUGACGAGAGAUCGUGUUCGAGCUCGGCUGCUGAAGAUUCUCAACUCGGCCGCACUCGUACCCUUCACCGCUGCUCUGGCCGCUUCUUCGGUGCUGUCGCUCUUUCCGAUCCCUUCGCUGCGUCGUUCGCUCGCGCUCUGGUUGUCCACCAAAGCGGUGGAAAACCUCUACGUCCAUCUACGCAGUGUUGGAUCUCGAUCUGUCAGCUGGGUACCGGACUUUAUCGGCGGUGGGUUCUUCUACGCGCUCUCUAACGGCUCGUUGCUAUGGACGUUCUUGUUCGAACCUUCUUGCUUCCCCUCCUCGUACGGUCGAGUCAUCCUCGCUCGAUCUACAUCUUACAUCCCACCUCGACCGGCCGGUCUACCGACGUCGAUCCCUUGGCCUGCACCUAGAGACGUGGCCGACACAAUCGCACAACUCUCCACCCCCUCCUCCACUGCUGCUGCAUACCCGGCGUUCCAAGCACCCGUUUUGUCGGCUCUGACACCGUCCAAGUAUCCCACGACGCGCUACCCGUUGAUCAAUCCGAUCCUGGACUACGCACCUGCGCAUCCCGCCCACUCCCGAUUGCUCUGCGCCGUGCUCCACCCAACCCAACCCAGCUGUUCGCGCAACUUCCUCGGGUUCUUCGCUAGCGAAUGGCAGGCAAGCGCCAAAUUCGUAGCCGUAUUCACCGCCAUCACCCAACUCAUCUCGUACAAAAAAGUCCUCAAAGACCCCGAAACAGCUCUGUUCAAAUUCGCUUUGGCUGUGGUCCAAGGUGCAACGGUGAUCUCCGGUAGCAUCGGUACAGCAUGGGGUCUCACGUGCUUCUUCCAACACUACCUCCCGCGAACCAUGCUCCCGCGCGCACGGUAUUUCCUCAACGGCUUUCUCUCCAGCAUCUUCAUCCUCGCCGUCCCCCAAGCCAGGCGCGCCCAGCUCGGCAGCUAUACGACACGACAAGCUUUGGACGCCGUAUGGGGUGUAGGCAAGAAACGCGGUUGGUGGAAAGGUGUCAAGAAAGGCGAUGGUGUGUUGCUGGGCGUGGGGCUCGCGGUGUUGAUGUGCAUGUACGAGACCAGACCGGAGAGUGUCGAGAAGAGUAUCGCGAAAGGGUUGGGGGUGCUGGUGGGCAGGCCGGCAAAGGUAGAUGCUGAGAAACAGAGAAGCCUCCAGUGGUCGCCGAAGGGCGAGGACGCCGAGGGGAAGAAGUCCCAAUAA